AUGGCCCCAGCCCGUCGGGACAGUGGUUCAAGCGGAAAUGCUGUCGCAUCCGCAUUCACCAGGUUUUGGAAGAGAACUCAUGCGCCAGACUACCUCGGAUUUGCGAUUCUCCUUACUGGGUGGGUCGUGAUGCUGUUAUUUAUUGAGCCAUUCCACCGCAUGUUCUUCAUCAACGAUCUGCAUAUCUCAUACCCUCAUGCCGAGGUCGAGCGCGUACCUGUUUACAUGAACUUUGUAUACGCCCUCUUCAUACCGCUGGGCGUGUUGGUUGCGUAUAAUGUUGUCACAAAAGCAUCGCCUCACAAGCACGAGGUCACCUACCUGUCCUUUGCCAUCGCCAUCAUCAUGGGCUCCUUUCUCACGGACCUCGUCAAGAAUACUGUCGGCCGACCGCGUCCCGAUUUGUUGGCCAGAUGUAAGCCGGCGACUGGCACCAAGCCUGACGUGCUUGUUACCAUCGAUGUCUGCACUGAGACUGCGCACCAUCUCCUCCAUGAUGGUUGGCGGUCCUUCCCGUCGGGCCAUUCGUCUUUCUCUUUCUCUGGACUUGGCUUCUUGAGCUUAUUCUUGGCUGGCCAGCUGCACAUUUUCCGACACAACAGUGGAGGCCGAGACCUUAGCCGCGCCCUCAUUUGCCUUCUGCCGCUGCUGGGGGCUGCGCUCAUCGCCAUCAGCCGGUGUGAGGACUAUAGACACGACGUAUAUGAUGUUUCCGUGGGCUCUUUGCUUGGUUACGUGGUUGCGUACUGGAGUUAUCGACGACACUGGCCGAAGUUGACCGCCAAGGAAUGUCAUGAACCCCAUCCAUAUCCUGGAUCGGACCCCAAGACUGGGUGGAACCGCCUGCGAGACGAGGAGGAAGCUGGGGACUCGCGACCCGACGUAGGCUACGAGAUGACCCAGCUAAAUAGCCAGAGACACUAA